AUGGAUUUCGUAUCUUGGUCCUCUACGUUACUCAAGUUGAAUGGUUACGAAGGAGCACAAAAUCAACAACAACGUCAGCAGCAAGCAGGACUUUUAUCCUCUUCCUGGCCAUGGAUAUCGGACCCAACUAACGCUACACGCCCAGCAUUGUUACUCUUGGAUCUCGCCGUUUUGGAAGCUGCCGCUGCCAAUCAUUUUUGGCAUCCAACAUCAGCAAGUUCUUUGGCCAUGGCAAAUUUUAUGUCAUCAAGAAUUAUGGAUAAGCAGCAUCAACUGUCCUUUGGCAUUGAUCGUAUUCUCGGCAAUCAAAUUGGAGUCGAUCGCUCAAUCACUCAGUCUGUCGCACAAAUACAGGAAAUCACGGUCGUUGAGAAGCAAGUGAGAGAAAUUCGACAAGGGCAAAUCCAACAACAAGACUCGAUUGACCAGCAACAAACGGGCAGCAAUAACAGUCGGCGAAAGCGGUCUUGGUCGCGUGCUGUCUUCUCCAAUUUACAGCGGAAGGGGCUUGAAAAACGUUUUCAACUUCAGAAAUACAUCACUAAACCAGAUCGCCGACAGCUGGCAGCUGCCCUCCAGCUCACCGAUGCACAAGUAAAAGUCUGGUUCCAGAAUCGAAGAAUGAAAUGGCGUCACAAUAAAGAACCCCACCUUACAAAUGAAAUGUCAUGCAACAGUCCUCUAGAGCACUGCACAGACGUUGCUGAAAACCUCAGUUGUGUGGACGAUGGCGGCAAUACUUCUCAACAUGUCCUUCUCCCUAAAUCACAUCCGACGCGGUUUCAGACAUUUAAAAGGACUUAACAUAAUUGCAAAAAGAGAUAUCAAAAAGAUUCACAUUAAUCUAACUAGCGUAUCUUGUUCGAUUUACUAACUACUCUAUUUUAGCCAAUUUUGUGAAGUAAUAAAUAUUUUUGAAUGGC